UGGAUGAAUGCUAUAAAUUGAAUUUCACAGAGUGAUGUUCAGCAUUUGAGCUUGAGCCGCAACUUAAAUAAUUUAGGAGAGACAGAUCAGUGAUCACAUAUCUGCUGUCACCAAUAAAUACCUUACCAGUGUUUACUUUUUUCAAUCGGAGAUGGUGAAGACUGGCUACUGUGAGAAAACGGGAUUGAAGAAGGGGGCAUGGACGCCAGAUGAAGACGAGAAGUUAACAGAUUAUAUUAAGAAAUAUGGCCAUUGGAACUGGCGUGAGCUUCCAAGAUUUGCUGGUUUGAAAAGGUGUGGCAAGAGUUGCAGACUCCGAUGGGUUAAUUACCUGCGACCGAAUAUUAGACGAGGUCUCUUCAGCGAAGGGGAAGAUGAACUCAUCAUGAACUUACAUGAGUCUCUGGGAAAUAAAUGGGCAGCGAUUGCCGCCAAAUUACCAGGAAGAACAGACAAUGAAGUGAAGAACCACUGGCACACUAACCUAAAGAAACGGUUGAAGCAAAUGUCAGAAAACAAUCUCCACUCCCAUGAGAUUUCUGAAUGCAAAGCCGGGGUUAAUGACAUGAAAGAGUUGGAACCUGAUGCGCCUUUCUCUUAUGUUCCUAUGGAUGAAAUAGGAAGCUCUCCAUCAUCCUCACAACUACCUUCCAGUGAUUCUGCAGCUGUAAAUGGCACACACUGGUUCGAGGAUGACAAUAUCGCUUUACCAGAAACAUGUCCAGAAGCCUAUUAUAAUUUCUGGACCGAACCAUUUUUGGCAGGAAAUUCUUACAUCGAUGAGAUUUUUUUCGAGACUUCGGUAGAGUCUGAUCUUGUGCCUCCACUUUCUCUGCUCCCUCCAGUAGAUCCUUUAUGUGUAUUAGAUUUCUACAGUGACGAUAACAUGGAUCUCUUCAACCAAUUAUGGUAACUGCCGAACUCUGGAUGUUUCGUCAAAUUGGACCUCAAUUUUUGCUUCUAGAUGUUUUGUAGCUGGAAUGUUAGAUUCAUGGGUUGUCUGUCAUCCCGGUCUCCUUGUUUUCUGUAAAAAGAAUCGGCACUUGGGUUGAGAACAUUAUCGAAACAAUGGUGAUCAUUUUCAGCCCGGCCCGGCCUUCUAGGCUUGGACCACUUGGCCCUUUGCGUUCAGGCCAUGACCAUAGUUUGACCAGCACGGCCUGCCCAGGAUCACACCCUGGAUCGAAAUGCUUUGUAUCUUUUUAUAUCGGUACUUGCAAUAAUAUAAUGGACAUGGAUUACUGUUUAUAGAA